CUCUUUGGAUUCUGCUCUUUUUCUAGCAUUUGGCGCAGAGAUGCUGUUACUGGGAGGGUUUAAAAGUGUCCCCGGUGGGUUUAGUUCUGCUGGGAGGGGCCUGACCUGGCAGCAUGGCAGAGUUCAGAGCAUCUGUCUGCAGGGAGAGAGCCUGGGGGGAAUUGGGGUGUGACAUGGACUCAAGUCGCUUCUGUAACCUCCCCCAUCAUCCCUCUCGCCCUGACAGGCUGAGGAAUCACGUCCAGAUUUCGCUCCAGAUCAUCCCAUCUUCCAGGGCACAGGGAAGGGAAAUGGCUGUGAUGGAGCCAGCACAGAUGCCGGUGACCUUCGAGGAGGUGGCUGUGUAUUUCACGAAGGGGCAGGGAGCUCUUCUGGACCCCGCUCAGAGAGCCCUCUACAGGGAUGUCAUGCAGGAGAACUAUGAGACUGUGACCUCGCUGGGAUUUCCCAUUUCCAAACCUGAGCUGAUCGCCCGACUGGAACGAGGCGAAGAACCGUGGGUGCCCGAUUUCCAGGCCUCAGAGGAAAGAGAGAUCUCGAGAGGCACCCACGCAGGUGAUGACAGAGUGAGUGAGAAUGAGGAGGGGAAUCAUCAUGAGCAUGUUCCUGGGGAAGUGGAACCACAGGGGACCUUUGUGCGAAGAGCUGAAGGGAAUUUUUUCCAGUGCUUGGAAGAGGGAAAAGCCUGGGGAAAUUGGCACAGGUCAGAGAGGCUGCUGGGAAAACACCCAAAGAAGAAAGUGGAUGAAUCCAUUCAAUGUUGGGCAGGAGACAAGGAUCCCACAGCCCAGCAGACAAAUCCCAAGGAAGAAAAAUCCUAUCAGUGCCUCGAAUGUGGGAAAGGAUUCAUUUUGAGAUCACAGCUUGUGACACAUCAGACAAUCCAUACUGGUCAGAAACCCCUUCAGUGCUUGGACUGUGGAGAAAGCUUCAAUAACCGCUCAGACCUCAAUAACCAUAGGAGAGGCCAUUCAGGAGAGAAACCCAAUGAGUCCCAUGAGUGCAGGAAAUGUUUGAAUUGGAAAUCAGCACUAAUUACACACCAGAUAAGCCAAAUACGAGAGAGACCCCAUAAAUGCUUAGACUGUGGAAAAAGUUUCAUACAGAGGUCAGACCUUGUUAAACAUCAGGCAAUCCACACAGGAGAGAGACCCUAUAAGUGCUUGGACUGUGGGAAAAGUUUCACAUGGAGAUCAGCCCUUUUUAAACAUCAGGCAUUCCACACAGGUGAGAGACACCAUAAGUGCGUGGACUGUGGGAAAAGUUUCAUACAGAGGUCAGACCUUGUUAAACAUCAGGCAAUCCACACAGGAGAGAGACCCUAUAAGUGCUUGGACUGUGGGAAAAGUUUCAUACAGAGGUCAGACCUUGUUAAAGCAAUCCACACAGGAGAGAGAAACCAUAAGUGCUUAGAUUGUGGAAAAAGUUUCACAUGGAGAUCAGCCCUUUUUAAACAUCAGGCAUUCCACACAGGUGAGAGACACCAUAAGUGCGUGGACUGUGGGAAAAGUUUCAUACAGAGGUCAGACCUUGUUAAACAUCAGGCAAUCCACACAGGAGAGAGACCCUAUAAGUGCUUGGACUGUGGGAAAAGUUUCACAUGGAGAUCAGCCCUUUUUAAACAUCAGGCAUUCCACACAGGUGAGAGACACCAUAAGUGCGUGGACUGUGGGAAAAGUUUCAUAACGCGGUCAGAUCUUGUUAAACAUCAGGCAAUCCAUACAGGAGAGAGACCCCAUAAGUGCUCGGACUGUGAGAAAAGUUUCAUACGUAGGUCAGACCUUGUUAAACAUCAGGCAAUCCACACAGGAGAGAGACCCCAUAAGUGCUUGGACUGUGGGAAAAGUUUCAUACAGAGGUCAGACCUUGUUAAACAUCAGGUAAUCCACACAGGAGACAGACCCCAUAAGUGCUUGGACUGUGGAAAAAGUUUCAGAAAUAUAUUGGCCCUUGUUAAACAUCAGGCAAUCCACACAGGAGAGAGCCCCCAUAAGUGCUUAGAUUGUGUAAAAAGUUUUGUAUGGAGGUCAGACCUUGUUAAACAUCUGGCUAUCCACAGAGGAGAGAGACCCCAUAAGUGCUUGGACUGUGGAAAGAGUUUCAUACGGAGGUCAGACCUUAUUAAACAUCAGACAGUCCACACAGGAGAGAGACCCCAUAAGUGCUUACACUGUGGGAAAAGUUUCACACAGAGAUCAUCUCUUAUAACACAUCAGAGGAUCCACACAGGUGAGAGACCCCAUAAUUGCUUGGAUUGUCAGAAAAAUUUCACAAACAGAUCAGCCCUUGUUAGACAUCAGGCAAUCCACACAGGAGAGAGACCCCAUAAGUGCUUGGACUGUGGGAAAAGGUUCACACAGAGAUCACACCUCAUUAAACAUGGGAGAAUCCACACAGGAUCUAAACUUCUGUGACACAUGGCCAGAAAGGGUUAAGAAACUUGCAGAAUAAUUGACCCAUAUUCAACUUUUAGAGACAUGUUUGAAAAGUGUUUAAAUGGUAAUUAGGGCCAUUCCACAUUAGAUAGACUAGAACUUUGAAAUUUAAACUUUUAUUGUUAAAGACUUGGAAGAAGAUGGUAACUGUAGUAGAGUAUAGUAGUAGAGCUAGGCAGCUCUCCAACACCACAUUCUGCAAGCCAUUACCCUCUGAUCCCAUUGAGGGUUACCAAAAGAAACUACACCAUCUGCUCAAGAAACUCCCUGAAACAGCACAAGAGCAAAUCUGCACAGACACACC